CAUAUUUUGAAUUAAAAAUCUGAAUUUUAUUAUUUCAAUGUAAUUUGCAAUAUCGUGUUGAAUCUAUGAAAACGCAACAUGUGUUUAGAGAAGUAGUUUUCAUUUUUAGAUCUGCAACAUGGCUCGUCAUCGCAAUGUAAGAAAUCGGAACUAUUCAGAUGAAUACGAUUACGAUGAUGUUUAUGGACAUUCUGUUGAGGAGGACAGCUGUAUGUCCCCUAGUGAUGCGGAGCAGUGGAUGUACGAUCGUUCCCGCGACCAGAAUGCUAUGUCUAAUUUUCUAGACGGUCGAAAUGAUAUCCAAGAGGAGACUGAGGAGCAGACCGCCGCGGCACAUCGCAGUUUUGAGCGGCGCGAGUCUAUGGAUCUGCGUGGACUGAACUUAAAAGAAGAUGACGAAGCAAAGCUUAUGUCAUGUCUGGAUGAACUACGGAAUGUUUUCGGUGAUACAAUUUCUGAAAACAUUUUAGUGCACUCUGUGCUCAAACACAGUUUUAAUUAUGAUAAAGCAUUAGAUGAAAUACUUAAUAAUAAGACUCAAAAAGACGUAAAGGAACCGGUAGUGCCGCUGAACCCUGUUAUUAUUGAAUCUGUUAAAGCACCUGUAAUAGUUACAGUUGAUACUCCAAAAGUCAUUACAACAAAAGUUGAACCUAAUAAAGCAGCUGUAAUCAAAGGUUUUAGGAUUGGUGAUGAAAGUCCAAGAAGUUGCCCACAAACUCCCAGAGAUCAGUCACCGGCAAAUAGAGAUAGAACCCCUUCUAGAGCAGAUCAAGUAGAUGACAAUAAAGUUUAUAUAAAAGUGAAAGAAAACAAACUUGAUCCCAAUGCACAGUUCAAUAUUGAGAGAGGAUCUGACAAAACUCAUCUUUACAUAGUUGUUAUAGGUCAUGUUGAUGCUGGUAAAUCUACUUUGAUGGGACGCCUUCUGUGUGAACUAGGAGAAAUUAGCCAAAGGACUUUGCAUAAAUAUGAGCAAGAGAGUAAAAAAAUUGGAAAACAAAGCUUCAUGUAUGCCUGGGUGCUAGAUGAAACUGGGGAAGAGAGAGUGAGGGGUAUAACUAUGGAUGUGGGAAAGGCUCAAUUUGAGACUAAAACAAAGAAGGUGAUAAUUUUAGAUGCCCCUGGCCAUGCAGAUUUUAUACCUAACAUGAUUACAGGUGCAGGGCAAGCUGAUGUGGCCUUACUUGUGGUGGAUGCUACAAGGGGAGAGUUUGAGUCUGGUUUUGAGCUUGGGGGACAAACUAGAGAACAUGCUUUACUGGUUAGAUCUCUUGGAGUCAACCAGCUAGCUGUGGCAGUCAAUAAACUAGACACUACUAACUGGUCUCAGGAGAGGUUUAAUGAUAUUACUAACAAACUGAAAGUCUUCCUCAAACAGGCUGGUUUCAAAGACUCUGAUGUUACAUUUGUGCCUUGUUCAGGUCUUACAGGAGAAAAUCUUGUUAAACCUCCAGCAGAAGCUGAGUUACUUAAGUGGUACAGUGGCCCUUGCUUGCUAGAUGUGAUUGAUAAAUUUAAUGUUCCUCAGAGACCAGUGUCUAGGCCAUUCCGUAUGUCAAUUAAUGAUAUCUUCAAGGGCACAGGCUCAGGGUUUUGUGUAGCUGGUCGCAUUGAAAAUGGUGUGCUCAAUAAAGGUGACAAAGUUCUUGUUUGUCCAUCAAAAGAGAUGGCUGAGGUACGAAGUUUGAGCAUUAAUGAUCUAGUAAGCAAUGUUGCAUUUGCCGGUGACCAAGUCAGUGUGACUCUAUCUGGUGUUGAAAUGCAAAAUGUUGCAGUGGGAUUUAUAUUGAGUGAUCCAGUUCAACAGGUUCCAGUUACGACACGCUUUGAAGCUAGAUUAGUAGUUUUUAAUGUAAAGGUUCCUAUAACAAAGGGGUUCCCUGUUUUAAUACAUCAUCAGUCACUAGUCGAGACUGCAAAUAUUGUAAAGCUUAAGGCAUUAUUGAAUAAGAGUACUGGAGAAGUAUUGAAGAAAAAACCCAGGUGUUUGGGAAAUAAUUCAGUAGCAGUUGUAGAAAUAGAGGUUUCUAGACCAAUAUGUAUUGAGCGGUACAAAGAUGUCAAAGAAUUGGGACGUAUAAUGCUACGUGUUGCUGGAGUGACAAUUGCUGCUGGUCUUGUGACCGAUAUCUGUAACAUUUGAUUCAUCUGAUAUCUGCAUAAUAUCACAUUAAAAUGCCAAGGUUUCUUACCUUACCUAAAAAAACAAAUGGCUAUAUUUAGUGUAAGCAAUGGUGCCUUGGUAUGAUAACACUAAUGUACAAAAUUGUAUUGUGCUAUACAUAAGUUAUAUAUAAACUAUAUAAUUAUUGCUAUUUAUC